AUGGCCAUCCCCAAGGGUUUUCUUCUUGCCAUUCUAGGCUGCAUCUGCUUAUGCAGUAGUACAGUUCUGUCAGCUUGCGAGCUCGGCGACGCGGCCAUGGUGAAGAGGCAUGAGCAGUGGAUGGCGAAGUUCAACCGUGUUUACAAGGACAACAUUGAGAAGGUGCGGCGGUUCGAGGUGUUCAAGACCAACGUUGCCUUCAUUGAGUCGUUCAACGCCGGAAACCACAAGUUCUGGCUCGGUGUCAACCAGUUUACUGACCUCAUCAAUGAUGAGUUCAAGGCAACCAAGACCAACAAGGGCCUCAAGAGGAGCGGUAGCCGGGCUCCAACCAGGUUCAAGUACAACAAUGUCAGCAUCGAUGCAUUUCCAACCGCUGUUGAUUGGAGAACCAAGGGUGCCGUCACACCUAUCAAAGACCAGGGCCAAUGUGGCUGUUGUUGGGCCUUUUCAGCUGUAGCCGCAACCGAAGGCAUUGUGAAGUUGAGCACCGGGAAGCUUGUCUCUCUGUCGGAACAAGAGCUAGUUGACUGUGACGUUCAUGGUGUUGAUCAGGGUUGUGAUGGUGGUGAGAUGGAUGACGCCUUCAAGUUCAUCAUCAAGAAUGGCGGCCUCACCACUGAGGCCAACUACCCCUACAUGGCACAAGAUGGACAAUGCAAGACUAGCAUUGCAAGCAACAAUGUUGCAACCAUCAAGGGCUACGAGGAUGUGACUGAAAUGCCCGCCAACGAUGAAUCUUCUCUUAUGAAAGCCGUGGCUAACCAGCCUGUGUCAGUAGCUAUGGACGGAGGGGAUGUCAUGUUUCAACAUUACUCCGGCGGAGUAAUGACUGGCUCCUGUGGCACUGAUUUGGACCAUGGGAUAGCAGUGAUUGGAUAUGGGAUGACGAGUGACGGAACUAGGUAUUGGCUGCUGAAGAACUCAUGGGGCACGACAUGGGGCGAGAGUGGGUACCUCAGAAUGGAGAAGGAUAUUUCUAACAAGAGUGGUAUGUGUGGCUUGGCCAUGCAACCUUCCUACCCCACUGAGUAG